AUGGGACUGCUGAUGUGUGUUCUGACGUCGAUUCUCUUCUCCAACCUGCUCUUCUUCGUCGUAAGGAUCGUUCAACUGCAUGCGAGAGCUCAACUCGCGUGGGGGUCGCACGACGUCCAUCCACCGGCGACGCGGAACGGGUCACACGAGGCGGCGGAGUGCGUCUUCUGCUUGUGCGACAUCGAGGAGGGCGAGGAGAUAAGGGAGCUUAGAUGCAGGCACCUCUUCCACAGGAGUUGCCUUGACCGGUGGCUGGUGCGGCGGCGGGCGACGUGCCCUCUGUGCCGGGACGUCGUGCUGCCUCGUGAGCCGGCGACCGUGAAGAGUAGCGGCGGCGGUGGUGCGGGGGACGACGACGAGGACGAGCUCGACGAUUGGAUGGUGAUGUUGUUUGCGUACUUGAGAUGGUGGAUGCCAUGA